AUGGUCACCCUCACGGCAGAAUGGCUCCAGCUUGAACAAGCCCUCGGAGCCCGGCCAGUCCUCCAAGGCUCUGCAGAGGAUAUCCAAGCUCAGUUUAAGGAUAUAUCAAUUGAAGGGGUCAAGUGUCGGAUCUACACCCCCGUCUCACAAAGAGCGCCCCGCCCCGUUGGGAUAUACACACACGGAGGCGGGUUUAUUUCUGGCGACCUUGUCUCCGAAGAUCCGCUCUGUCGAGCCAUCGCAGACGCCGUGGACUGCGUUAUUGUCAGCUUAGACUACCGACUCGGCCCUGAGCACAAACUCCCGGCUAUGCUCCAGGAUACACUGGCCGUAUAUCAAUGGGCCUGGGAGAAUGUCUCCCAACUCGGCGGCGAUCGCGAUGCAUUCUUCUCCAUUGGCGGAAGCGCCGGAGGGGGUUUGGCCCUCGCCAUUGCUAAUCAUUACGCGCAGCGGCCCGACACAAAGAAGUAUAUAAAGGGAGUUGUUGCAAUAGUACCAGUACUCUGCACUGGGAAAAUGUACCUGCUGAAUUCCAAGCGGACUAUAAGUCGUACGUCGAAAACGCAGUUAAUGUGCCGGUUAUUGACAAGUCCUCCAUGGAAUCAUUCUAUGGCUGUUGAAGCCGAUCCAAAUGACUCCAGAAUUUUCACUGCCCUAUCACCCCAUCAUCGCGACUUUCCACCGACUUAUAUCUGUACCUGUGGAGCGGAUCCCCUCCGCGACGAUGGGACUGUGAUGGAGAAAGCGCUCAGGAAGUCUGGUGUUCCCACAAAGCUAACGACCUAUCCCAACCUGCCGCACUAUUUUUGGAUCUUCCCUGACCUGGAAGCUAGUGGAGAGUUCAUCAAGGAUGUGAUUGCCGGGACCAACUGGGUGAUUUCGUAG